AUGCCUCGUAACUUCCGAACCGUUUCAAACUUCAUCCCAAUCCAAGCUGGCGGCGGUGACGGCAAUGCGUUCCUGCCUCCGACUAUUUGUUACAUCGAGAACCCCCUCUCGGAUGACAUCCAGAAGACUGAAGGCGCGGCGAACCUGAACAUGGACGAUGCCGUCAAUGAUGCCACUAAUGGUGGCGUGGAUGCAGCCGCUGAUGCCGUCGGUGAAGCCGUUCAUGAUGUUGGCCUGUCUUCGUCGUCCUCCCCUUUGUCGACCUCACCGACUGUUGAUCACGUCGAGACAACAGAAACCAACGCGGAUGAUGGUGGCGCGGAUGUUGAGAUAGAAGAAGAAGAGAUGGAGGAGGACGGAGGAGAGGAGUAA